CUCACUGUAGCAACUGCAUGCCCGCAGUUGAGCAUGAGGAAAGAGUAUCUUUCUUGGAUUGAUUUCUUCCAUGAAACAUCAUCUUGACAUGUUUUCUUCUUGAUAAGUAUUCUCGGUCAGCACCAAUCGUACAGUAUCAUCAACAAACAUGAGGUAGCCUUAUUGACGAGUUACGACAAACCUCCAACCCCUGAAAACACCCCGAUUUCUUCAGUUUAGCGGUCUUGUCACUGGCCCUCGCAGUUGCAGCCGCCGUCUGCCCCACCAUCCACAACCCUCCAUGACCAUGAUGAACGCGCUCUGGUCGAGAAGCACCUCCUCUUCCGGCGACAGCGCAGAGAAAAGCGCCAAACCGCCCAGCGAUGCAGUGAGCACCACUUCCGAACAAGUGGCCGAUCUCUCGGACAGGCCAAAUGCGCCAGCCCUACCAGCUCGCCCGGCCCUCCACAGAAACCAGCCUUCGGCCCCUCCUCCAGCAGCACCGUCGAACCCUCCGCCGCCGGUGCCCUCCGGUGCUGGCUCCGGCAACGCCGCUAACAAUGCGUCGGCGCAACCUCAGGACUCCCUGUCUCUAGCCCAACUACGAAGGAUCGUUGCCGAGUUCCCCAAGUCCGAGCCGAUCGCCUACGACUAUGUCUACACUGAUGUGGGCCCCAUCGAGGAGGAGGUGGACGAGUGGUUCCUCUAUAACUUCUGGCAAUGGGUGCGUCUGAACACGGCCAACCGGGCCUUUGACAGCACAUGGGAAAGCAUGUUCGGGGAGGACGAGACCUGGGACAGUGUCGGAGACGACGACAGGCAGAGGUUCGUGCGGAACGCCGUCCAACAGUUGCAGACGUCAACCGACAAGACGGCCCGCGGCGAGGCUAUCGGCACGCUCGUGUACAUAGUGUUGGGACGUUGGGCCGAGACUGUCAAAGCAGCGAGCCUGCCCAAUUUUGCGGACCACAAGGUCAGGUCCGCCGCCACCAAGCAGCAGCUGGAUGCCAUGAAGGCAGGCGUCAAGCUGCUCGCUGAGUGUGGUGGCAUUCCUCCCAUGUGGGAUGCGCUGAGGAGGGCCUUCGAGCCAUUCUGGGCGGACGACGGAGACGUUGGCCAGAUAGUACAGGCCUAUGCCGAGGAGCUGAUGCAUUUGAUGACCAUUUUGUACAUCUCUUUGCAAACGACGCUAGACGACCUUGAGGAUAUGGCCUCGGCCCGCAAGGAACUACUUGCACUCAACCCGAAUCUGGUUCACUUCAUGUUGCAUGCCACGGCAAAACUUCGAUGGGACGAUAGGAACAUUCUCCCCCAAACCCAGGUUUUCCUUUUGUUCUGGAAGUCACUUCUCCUUGUUUUCGGCGGUUCCAAGCACAUCGCGGAGGCCAAAAAGGCUACGGCAGAAACACCUUCCGACGUUAAGGACAAGGAAAUCAUUACUGCUUCCCCGCUCGAUUACCAUGUGUUCCGGCAAGAGAUCACAUCCAAGUAUCCGUCAUAUAUCCCGCCCCAAUGUGCCAUUCCCCUCGAGGCAGAGCAGACGUCAAUCCUUCCUCCGCUACCUAACCACCCAACCAGGAACAAUGGACAAAACGGUAUCCUUCCCGGCCCACCAAACCAGAGCGCCUCCGCCUCGAUUCUCCAUCAGCCGGUUCACAUCGCGACUCCUGCGCCCUCCCCUCCUCCGAGCCCGGGUGUCGGUGGUAAAGGUGGUAAGAAGCAAAACUACCAGACUAACCAAAAUUUUCCGUUUAUGUAUCCGCCCUUGGACGCCACCAGCAACAGCGCUGGCGGAAAGGGAGUUGCCGGACUACAGGACCUGUUGGUAGGCAGGAAGUGGGAGGGAAGCGAUGUUCCCGCCUCCAUUAUCGAAGCUGGCGAACUAUUCUCCACGCGCACCAGGAUGACACGAGCUACCAGGCAGCUCUGGGAAGAGCGCGAGAGAUUCCUCAAGUUUGAGCGUGGAUGGGAAGGUGUCGAUGAGGACCUCAUUGACGAACUCGAUCUCUCAGAACUUACACUUGAGGAGAAGGAGGAGCUGGGCUUACUGAAGGAGAGCGACAAGAAAAAAGAUAAGCUCGGCCACGAAAUUGACUUGGGACCACGGCCUGUGGAUGAUGAUAUCAAACAUCGUCUUGAGGCCGUCGAGGAGUUCUAUAAAGAGGCUCUCCCUCAUCUGCAGUCACUAGUCAUUGUGCUGCUGAAGGCGAUUGUUGCUAUCGCCAGCAGUCUAGUUCAGCCGCAACCUGGACAGCAAAAUCCUGGUGCCCCGCAGAACAAUGGGCGUGUUAGCGGAGGGCCGCCCCAGGGUCGGGGUCAAAGUAAUGGUAACAAUGCUGGUAACGACCCUCCCUCCCCCUCGGAUGACAAUGUAGAUGAGGCUAGGAGCAGAGAAAUUGCGGCGAAGGCCGUGACAGGUAUCAUGAUCCUAUUGUUGAAGUGGCUAAAGCUGUCUCAUAUCCUCAAGUUCGAGUACUUCACACAGCUACUCUUGGACUCUAAUUAUCUUCCUCUAGUGCUGAAGCUGUUUGCUCUGCAUGAUGUGCAGCAGGUGGUUGAGAGCAAGACCGACAGGAUAGAGCACAGUUUCUUCUACUUCUGUGGUUCCCGUGCCGGCGCAAUUCCCCAGCAGGGUCUUAUCAACCCAACCGCGACCGACUUCGAAGACGUUGACGUGAGCGAAGACGAAGCCGCGCCUCCCGCCAUUAAGAGAAACCGUUCACCUCCUGGCGCAGAAAAGGGAGGACCACCCGACGCUUCAUCCCAAUUCAUAUCCUCGCAACCGCCCCAACAACAACAACAACAGUCAGAAAACUCGGGCGUCCCCAGCCGCCCCGAGGUCGACGAGCUCGGCUACCCCGUCAACCCGCUCCCCAAAGAGCCCAUCACCGACUUCUCCCGCCGCAACUUCUUCUCUCUGAUCAAUUACCUGCGCGUGAUGCAGAAAAUCUGCAAGCACAAGGCCCACCGCAACCUCCUGCUGGUGCACUACAAGUCCUCCAACAUCCUGCGCAAGUCCCUCAAGGUGCCCCAGCAGGAACUCCGCCUAUACACGCUCAAGCUCUUCAAGAACCAGGUCCCCUACUGCGGCCGCAAGUGGCGUCAGUCCAACAUGCGUGUCAUCACCGCCAUCUAUCUGCACUGCCGCCCCGAGCUGCGCGACGAGUGGCUAUCGGGCUCGGAUGUCGACGCCGAGGUCGAGGAGGCGCUGCCGCUCGAGCAGGCGCUCAGGAGUUUGACGCACUGGUUCAACGUGCAGCGGUAUCCCGAAAGGAUGGGCGCCGAGGUGACGGCGGCGAUGAGGGAGGAGAGAGAUUUUUUCACGAGAGAGCUGGAGAAGAGUGAUUGGAUGGGAUGGGAGGGGAUCAUGGCUGGAGGAGGGAUGGGGAUGGAUGGUGCUGGUGGUGCUGAGCCGAUGAUGGGGAUGCCCGGAAUGGGGAUGGGCAUGGGAAUCGGUGGAUUGCCCGGCAUGGGAGGCAUGGCGGGGAUUGAGUAUGCGGCUGCUGCUGCGGCGGCGCAGACGGAACAUGAGAGCUCGAUGGGGUGGAGUUAGGGUUCCUUACUUGACCAUGAUCUUUCUGCUCUGGGUGAAAUUAUGAUUGAAUUGAAGGAAUCGGGUAUAGGGCUUGAUGCUGACGCUAUCAUGCGUCUCGCUUCGGCACGCAUUGGGACGUUGAGGGCCUUGGAGGCGUUGAGGCACAUAGGGGAGGAGAGAUGGUUUUGGGUAAGGGGACGAGGAUGGCGGACCUUCUCCGUUGAAGAUUAAAUAAUGUUAUAUAAUCAGGUAGAUGCGAUGAGGAUGUCAUCCAUCCCGCAGCGUUCUCCUAACACAUUGAGGUCUCCAGCGGAACUACUAAUGGGAAUUAGUGGUAACAUCAG